CACUAAAUAAAAUAAAUCUGGCAAUUCUGGCAUCUCUGCCGGGUGUGUGUGCGACAUACGAAUUGUGUAUCUGUAAUUUACUCAAAAUUUAGGUGUAAACAAUGUGUCUCUUAAAUCAUUUAUACAUUUAAUACAACAAUAUUAAUAAUCCCUUUGCCAAUGUCAUAGUUUAGUGCUUUUUUUACUUGUUAUACAUUGAUGUGAGGCUCCCGUGCUUUGUCUUCGUGUGUGACAAUAUACUCAAAAUGGCGCAUCAACUGGCACCGUCUGUAAAUUGUUCAUUGGACGACAUUGACCUCAGCGCUCUAAAGGAUCCUGCUGGCAUUUUCGAACUCAUAGAAGUUGUCGGAAAUGGCACAUAUGGCCAAGUGUACAAGGGCCGCCACACCAAAACUGGCCAACUUGCCGCCAUCAAGGUUAUGGACGUCACACAAGAUGAAGAGGAAGAAAUCAAACUUGAGAUAAAUGUUCUGAAAAAGUACUCUAACCAUCGAAAUAUAGCUACUUAUUAUGGUGCAUUUAUUAAGAAAAGUCCCCCCGGCAAAGAUGACCAACUUUGGUUAGUCAUGGAGUAUUGUGGUGCUGGUUCAGUGACGGAUUUGGUGAAAUCAACCAAAGGACAAUCUUUGAAAGAAGAAUGGAUCUCUUACAUUUGCAGAGAAAUCUUGAGAGGUCUAAGCUACCUGCACUCAAACAAAGUCAUCCACAGGGAUAUCAAAGGACAAAAUGUCUUGUUGACUGACAAUGCUGAAGUUAAACUUGUGGAUUUUGGUGUGUCAGCACAACUUGAUAGGACCAUCGGUAGAAGGAAUACAUUCAUUGGUACACCUUACUGGAUGGCGCCAGAAGUCAUUGCCUGUGAUGAGAAUCCGGAUGCCACCUAUGACAACCGCUCUGAUCUUUGGUCUCUUGGCAUCACUGCCUUGGAGAUGGCUGAGAGUCAGCCACCUCUCUGUGAUCUCCAUCCUAUGCGUGCUCUCUUUCUUAUUCCAAGAAAUCCGCCUCCUCGUCUCAAAUCCAAAAAAUGGGCUAAGAAAUUUCAUAGUUUUAUUGAGACUGUUCUUGUCAAGGAUUAUCAUCAACGGCCUUAUACUGAGCAGCUUCUAAAGCAUCCCUUCAUCAGGGACCAACCUACCGAAAGACAAGUGAGAAUACAGUUGAAGGAUCACAUAGAUAGGUGUAAAAAGAGAAAGCAGGACAAUUCGGUCCGCGAAGACUACAAAUACUCGGGAUCUGAGGGCGAAGAAGAGGAGAAUGCGAUCGCUGGGGAGCCCUCUUCCAUCGUGCACAACGCCGCGGCGCACCAGGGCGGCGACACGCUGCGCCGCAACUUCCAACAGAUACAGGAGGGACGAGCUCCCGCGGAGCCCCCACAGCCGCAGCCGCCGCCUAAACGCAACAGUAAACGCGAGGAGCGGGAGGAGAUACCAGAACCUGGCCCGCCGGCGAGGCCUUCCAUUCCACAAAGACUGAUUGUAGUGCCAGACCCACAAACACAGCAACCUAAUAGAUAUAGGCCUCUGCCCCCGACGCCGAAGUCGUCAGGCUCGUCCAACAGCUCGGGCUCUAACAACGGGACGCCGCCCGCCAGCGGCCCGCAGCCGCCGCAGCGCGGCUCGCACCACAUGUUCAAGCCUAUGCUUCCUCCGCGAAGACCAGAGGAUUUGGAUAAGUUGGCUGCACAACUCAACGAACUGGGAGUGGUGUCAGGCAACGAGCCGCCCAAUCGACCUCCGCGUGCACCUACUAAUGGGCAAGGUCCUCCCGUGGAGCGCAACCCGCCGGAGCCGACGUUCGACGAGUCGGACAGCGACUCGGACGCGGAGGAGAGCGGCGGCCGCGUGCGCAACGACGGCACCCUGCUCGCCAGCGACCCGCCCAAACCGCUACCGGGCCUGAGCGCGGUGUCGGAGGACGGCGGCGGCGCCGGCGGAGCGCCCACGCGCCCGCUGCCGCCCACGCCCGACGACGACGAGCCACACCCAGACCGCACGCUCGUGAUGAAGCGGAAAGAGAAUACGGAAACCGAUAAACGGCAGUCGGACGUUGACGAGGCGGUGCUCCUGAAGGAUUGGGACUUCGCGCGGUUUUUCCCCUCGCGGAAUGCAGAAGGCAAGGGCGAGAAGAAAGAAACGCCGCGUGUCGAGCCUACGCCCCCGCCGCGACGCGAAGACCCCUGGUCCCAAUUCAAGGCCAACAACACGCCGCCCGCCCGCCACAAGCAACCGCAACCACAGAAACACAGCGAGAAAUCCACCCAGGACAAACUCUCCGACAUCAUCAAAUACAAGAAGGAACAAGACGCGGAGUUGAACUCUCCAAACAGAUUCUUUAGAGGGUUCAGAAGGGAGAACUCCGAUUUUUUUCCUUUGCCCAGCACGCGACACUCCGCCAUAUACUUUCCUAAGCACGAAAGUCAGGUCGGAGCGAGCAAGCAGCUGAGAUCCAGUGGCAUAUUUAACAAUUCGCGGAAGCAAGUGAUCAAGUCGCCGGCCUCGGGCGAGCCGAUAUUGACUGAUUUUAUAAAGAUGAACGACAGUCUGAAGAUGUCGGCGCAGGGCGAGGUGAAGAAGAGUGAUAAGAAGGGGAGCGAUAGAAAGGUGUCGGCGAAUAAUCCGAUUGACGCUCUGAAGACGGUGGCGGCGCUGAUCAGGCAAGAUAGCGAGAAUAGCACGCCGAGUCGGCAGAGUUCCGUCAACAGCGAUUCACCUGCGUCAAGCGUGUGCUUCGCGGGCGCGCCUGACGUCACCGCCGAUACCGCCACGCCUGCGCCCGAUGCCAGCAUCGUCAGGCCCCGCAGAGAAAAGACUGAAUCUGACAUAGUAUUCCGAAGAAACUCACAUUACAAUCGGCACUCUGAGCUUAUGUCGAGUGGGCAGGAAGCGGUACUCGCACAGGAUAAGGGUCGAUCGAGUGGCGCGAAUGACGGCAGCGGGGCUCGCACCAGCUCCGUGCUCCCCGACUUGGUGAGCCAGGCGGGCCAGCCCACCACGCCGCCGCGCCACGACAAGUCCACCAGCGAGGAGUACAGGCAAGCGAUUGCCGGGGGCAUGCCCCUCCCCCACCACCACCACCCGUCCCCCCCCUCGGCGCAGUCCACGCCGUCCAAGUCGUUCGUGGCGGGCGCGCUGCAGCAGUCGCCGUCGAGCUCGUCGGUGGGCUCGCAACAGUUCCUCCCCCUGCAACAGAAGCAGCGCUCCUUCCUCACGUUCGGCUUCGGCGCGGGCUCGGCCGGCAGCGGCACCGGCGGCUCCGGCAACGCGUCGCGCCGCGAGUCGCACGUCAACGUCAACGUCACGCCCACCGGCCACGACCUCAGCUCCGACACGCCCGAGAUCAGGAAGUACAAGAAGCGGUUCAACUCGGAGAUACUCUGCGCGGCGCUCUGGGGAGUCAACUUACUAAUCGGAACGGAAAAUGGAUUGAUGCUACUUGACCGCUCUGGACAAGGCAAAGUUUAUCAAUUGAUCUCACGACGCCGCUUCCAACAAAUGGAAGUGCUAGAAGGACAGAACAUUCUCGUGACGGUAUCCGGCAAGAAGAACCGCGUCCGAGUGUACUAUCUCAGUUGGCUCAAGUCAAAAAUACUGCGCACCGAUGGAUUAAGUGAUCAAGCGGAAAGGAGGAAUGGUUGGAUCAACGUUGGUGAGCUGCAAGGAGCAGUCCACUUCCGCAUUGUGAAAUAUCAACGAAUCAAAUUCCUUGUAAUUGCUCUCAAGGAUUCUAUUGAGAUAUACGCCUGGGCUCCUAAGCCCUAUCACAAAUUCAUGGCUUUCAAAAACUUUGGAGAGCUACAGCAUAGGCCUCUUUUAGUAGAUCUUACCAUUGAAGAAGAAACAAGACUGAAAGUAAUUUAUGGCUCUGCCGAUGGUUUCCACGCUGUUGACUUGGACACUGCCACUGUCUAUGACAUUUAUAUUCCGAAGCAUACACAGGGAGCCAUUGUACCACAUUGCAUUGUACCUCUUCCGAACUCCAAUGGGAUGCAGUUAUUGUUAUGCUACGACAACGAAGGCGUGUAUGUGAAUACUAAUGGACGUGUUAGCAAAAAUAUUGUUCUUCAGUGGGGAGAAAUGCCCACUUCAGUAGCCUACAUCGGCACAGGACAAAUCAUGGGCUGGGGCAACAAGGCAAUCGAAAUACGUUCCGUCGAGAGCGGCCACCUCGACGGCGUGUUCAUGCACAAAAAGGCCCAACGACUCAAGUUCUUGUGCGAGCGCAACGACAAAGUAUUCUUCUCGUCGGCCAAGGGCGGCUCCUCGUGCCAGAUAUACUUCAUGACGCUGAACAAGCCCGGCAUGGCCAACUGGUAGUGGCGCCGCCUGUGAUCUGUGAUGACGCACACCGCACGCGGCCCGGUGCCCGCAGCCAAUGUAACUUCGCCACAAAGCCACAGUUCGUCUCGCUCGCACGACAAUAUGUAGAUGACGUUACCAUAUGCGAAUCCAUUUGGACGAUAUCAGUACAUUUACGUAGCUUUAGAUAACGCGUCCGUGCACCCUGACGAGAGCAUACGUCAUGAUCGUACAUUUUUCGGGGGGGCGUUUCGAACAACGAAUGUUACUUGCCUGGGGAGCUGGUGUCCGCUCGUGCCCUCAUUGUACAAGACGACAUGCCAGUAGUUUAGUCAAAGUAACAAAAUUAUACCAUGUGC